UCAGCAAGCUAAGCAUUCAGUUUUUACUUCAGCCUCUGCAAUAAAGACUAAUACCAUAAACAAAAUGAAAACUGCAUUCAUCUUCGUGUGUGUCAUCGCUGUUGCUUUGAGCGCCAGCCUCUCCGAAGAAGAGAAAAAACUCCAAGAGAUUCAUGACAAAUGCCAAGCCGACCCAGCCACUUAUGUAGAUCACGAACUUUUGCACCACCUUGCAGACAACAUUGACAACCCUAAAGUUGGUUCCCAUAUGCUCUGCGAAUCGAAAGCUGUAGGUCUUCAGAAGCCAAAUGGUGAAUUGGAUUUGAGUGUCAUCAAACAGAAGAUCUCCCUCACCGUCAGCGAUAAGGCUAAAGUCGAAAGAUUGGUUAAGGAAUGUGCUGUGAAGAAGGAAACUCCUGAAAAAACUGCUGUCAAUCUAUUCAUGUGCUUGGACAAGGAUGGAGUCACCUAUUUCCACGAGUUCUAAUUCUUUAUUUUUUCUGUAUAUAAAAAUCUGUGUAAAUAAAAUGGCUAUAAACAUAGACUA